AUGGUUCUUAGGUGUUGUUCAUCAGUCGUCCUCGCCGUUGCCUAUUUGCGCGCCCAUCAUCCACCCAUUUCUGUCGCUCUUGCGCUCCAGAGUCCACCUGUUGAGACGUCCCCAGCUGCCAAUGGGUUGCUUAGCAUCAGCCUUACUCUGAGCGCCUGUAUCAACGACGCUGCCUCCACCAACCAUAACCUCCACAACGAUCCCAAGGCCGAUGGCCAUAUCGUCGGCGCAGGCCAUCCUCGCAUGAACCAUCUCAGCGCCAAUCCCUCUUCUGCCACGAUGGAUCCAUCCGCCUUUAUGGGCAAUCCUGCCCAAUUUAAUCCCUCGCAAUUUGCCAGCGCCCAGCAGCAACAGCAGCAUCAGCAACAGCAGCAGCAGCUGGUCGCCAUGCAGAACGGACAACUGCGCAAUGCCUCUCCCUCCUUCCAGAACCCUGCCUAUCAAACCAACCCCGUUGUUCCGUCAAAGCGACCUCGCCCUCGCGAAGACAGCCUUGCUGGGUCGCCGCGACAAAACCCAGGCAUGCUGCCGACUUCGCGCUCUGAUACUCCCCAGCAAUUUCCCGGAUACCAGUCUGGUGGCAUGCCGCAACAGCACCAGCAGCAGAACCCUGGCCAGCCGCAGCCAUCGCCGUAUAACCAUCUGCAGCCAAAUGGUUCCGCUAAUGCGACGCCGUCGCCCAUUAUGGGCAGCAACAUGCGCCCUGGAAGCGUCCCACAGCGAGUCGCGACUGCGUCGCCGCAUCCCUUUUCUCCCAGCACUCAACAGCAAUUUGGGCCACAAGCAUCUCCGGUACCAUCCGAACACAGCAGCACACCACAACCAAACCCCUAUAUGCAGAACAUGCAGAACAUGCCGCCUGGCUUCAAUCAGAACUUCACGCCAACACCUUCACCUGCGCGUCCUUCGCCGAACCCUAAUGCUAUGACUGGAAUGAUGCAGCAGCAGCAACAUCAGCAGCAACAGCAACAACAGCAGCAGCAGCAGCAGAUGGGCGGCCAGAUGCCGCAGCAAAUGGGACAGAUACCGAAUCAGAUGUUCCCCCCUAAUUUGCAAGGACGUAAUCCCACGGAACAACAAAAGAUGGCUGCGUACCAAGCUAGAUUACAACAACAACUUCAAGCGCAGGGAAACAUGCAGAACAUGCACCCUGGCAUGCAGCAGAACAUACAAAUGGCAGCCCAAAUGCAGGCUCAAAACCUGUCUCAGGGAAGAGGCAUGGUGCCAAAGCAACCGAUGCAGCCCAUGCCUAAUGGACAGAUGCCGCAAGGGGGCACACGGCCUCAAUCACGACAGCCCAUGGGUCAGGAUCAGUUCAUGAAGAGCUUAUCCAAGUUCAUGCAUUCAAAAGGCUUACCUCUGGAGACAAAUGUUGUCAUUGGGAACCGGCCGGUUAAUUUAAUGCACCUUUUCCAGGCUGUUCAGAGUAAGGGUGGCUAUAAGUCCACCACUGCCUCCAACCAAUGGCCACAUGUAUCCAACGCCAUCGGAUUCCAUCCUGUCCAGAUACCGCAAGCGCCGUCCAUGCUCAAAGAUAUGUACGAAAGGAACAUCCUGCGGUUCGAAGAAUUCUGGACUGCUCAGCAGAACCAGCAGCGGAUGAUGCAGCAGCAGCAGCAGGGUAGACAAACCCAACCCGCCCCUAGUGGCCAACCACAACCCUCGCCCGCGAAGCAAAUGUCGCCGCAAGCUCAGGCUUCUCAAGGCAUGAUGCAGGCUGGACAGCCGCAAGCCCCGCAGGCUCCGCAGCAGCCAGUAGCUCAGCAUCAGCAGCAGCAGCAUCAGCAGCAUCAGCAACCGAACCCCCAGUCGCAACAUCAACAGCAACAUGCGCAGCAACACCAACAGCAGCCGCAAGUUUCACAAUCACCACUGCCGCAACAGCAGCAGCCGCAGCAACAUACUCCGCAACUACAGCAGCAACCUCAACAACCAAAACCACCCCACAUAAGCUCCAUGCAAGGUCAGGCGCAGCUCAAACAACCACCUUUCGUCGGCCCACAGGGCACGAACGGGAGCACUGCACACCAAGGCCAGACACAGUUGGGCCUUGCAACUAGCACGCCGGGACAACAUCGGAACAGUCUCCCGAGAGGCAUUGAGCCGGUCGUGAGCGCAGGCCAAUUGAACGCACCUGGGCCUUUCCCAGCUGCGACGCAUGCGCAUGCCGAACAGAUCCCUUCUCUACCUACACAGUCCGACGCACUUGCUGGACCCUCACGCUCUUCUGGCAAGACGAAUUUGCCAAAGCUUGUGCGUCUUGCGGCUGCUUCAGAUGCAUACCCCUGUGAUGUUCGGCUCCCUCAGCCUGAUGCAUUUGGAGGCUUCAAGCUGGCCCAAGUCGAUCUAAAAGGCAUGAUGAUUGAACAGUUCAAGCCUGAUGUUCCAGGCGUAUGGGAGCUGGGCAUGGUCGAUCUCCAAGCCUUGACGCGCAGUAUCGAGUCGGGAAUUCAUGGCGAAGUGCGCAUGGCGCUCGACACGCUUGCUACCGUUACACAAACUCCACCGAAAGACUCAAAAGACCCCCUCUUUAUUCAGUUGAAGUCGUGUGAGGAGCUUGUUGAAGCACUUGUUGAAUGCGCCGAGGAGCAGCUGGAACAACUUGCAGAGAACACAGUCGAAGUAUCUGACGACAUACAGUUGGCGGCAUACGAAGACAUUGCGCGAGCCUGUUGGGUUGAUCGACUAAGCGUUCGCAAACUUCCCGAAUUUGCCACCCCGGAGUACGAGCUUGACAGAGCCGUAGACCGAUUGACGUGUAUUUUCACAAUCCUACGAAAUCUCUCAUUCGAACCAGAAGCUGAGCCUACGCGCACAUCCCCACAGCUGCCGUUUGGUCCGCAUCAUAAUCAUCAAGUCUUGGCAGACGAGUCUGUCAUUAAACUCGUCUGUGACAUGAUACGCUAUCUCGGCACCCGGAAUAUGCUGCUCCGAACGCAUGCCAACACGUUGGACUUCAUGAAGGACGCAAUUACUCUUUUAUCCAACAUUGCAGGUGCAGUGGAAAUUCCAGGGCGCGAGCAAGCGCUCUGCUUGCUGCAUUUCUUGCUUGCUUUCGCACCUGGACCGGGGCCAUCGAUCCGUGACGAUCGACUAUAUUUCCCCCCCUUCGAACCUGCUCUCCAACCAUAUCUCUUCCACGCUGUCGACGCUCUAGCCAAGUUCCUCGCCCGCGAUGAGCCUAACCGUACAUUUUACAAGACUAUAUUCGCUCUGGACGCUGGGAGUACGACACCCUAUGAGCUCAUGACCAAGACGUUCGCUCUGGCGAUCUCAGUGGUUCCUAUUCAAUUAUCCGAGGGUCAAUUGAACCGAGCGGUCAUGUCGCCUAAGCUGCGCAUUGCUAUCGAGAACCGCGCGCCAUUGCUCAUGCAGGGUUUGUUGGCUGCAGGGAUCCUAGCAUCUCUGGCACCAAGCUACGAGAGCGGUGUCGCCAGAGCCUGGCUAUCCAACGGGGAUGGCUUUGCAGAGGCGUUGUACUUCCUUGUCCAAGUCCUCAGUCAUCAGUACGAACAAUCCAGUGCCGGCCGUGACCAGGACUUUCCCUACAUAGUGGCACUCAGCGUGUCUCUCUUGCGAAAACUGGGCGAACGCGCCUUCGACCCAACCGAUCCUUCAGCACUCCCGGCCAACGCUCUGCCCUCAGCCGAAAGCGUUUUCGGCAUCAUGUCAAUGAAGUCAUCGGAAUGGGCACGGGACGGGAUUAUCCGGGACCUGACUGCGUAUGCCGACCUGCAUCGAUAA